AUUAUCAUAGGCACCCAAGCCCAACUUGCUAGAGCGUCCGGCUAGAGUGCGGCUAGGGAGGGACAAACCGCCCCUGCGAUGUUUGCAGUCUGGUUUCCAGGUUAGCGUUUGUCUGCAUCUGCACCAUGUCCGCGUUUGAGAAGCCUCAGAUCAUUGUCCACAUUCAAAAAGGCCUCAACUACACGGUGUUCGACUGCAAAUGGGUGCCCUGCAGUGCCAAGUUCGUAACGAUGGGCAACUUCGCUCGGGGCACCGGCGUUAUCCAGGUGUACGAGAUCCAGCGUGGGGACCUGAAACUGCUGCGGGAGAUUGAAAAGGCUAAGCCCAUUAAAUGUGGAACAUUUGGUGCCGCGUCUUUGCAGCAGAGGUACUUAGCUACUGGAGAUUUUGAUGGAAAUCUUCAUAUAUGGAAUUUGGAAGCUCCAGAGAUGCCAGUGUAUUCUGUAAAGGGCCACAAGGAAAUUAUAAAUACUAUAGAUGGUAUAGGUGGACUUGGAAUUGGGGAAGGAGCGCCUGAAAUUGUGACUGGCAGCCGGGAUGGAACUGUAAAGGUGUGGGACCCAAGACAAAAAGAUGAUCCUGUGGCUAACAUGGAACCUGCACAAGGAGAAAAUAAGAGAGAUUGUUGGACUGUGGCAUUUGGCAAUGCUUACAAUCAGGAAGAGCGUGUUGUUUGUGCUGGCUAUGACAAUGGGGAUAUCAAGCUGUUUGAUCUCAGAAACAUGUCACUACGAUGGGAGACAAACAUUAAAAAUGGGGUGUGUAGCUUGGAGUUUGACAGAAAGGACAUAAGUAUGAAUAAAUUAGUAGCUACAUCUCUGGAAGGCAAGUUCCACGUCUUUGACAUGAGAACACAGCAUCCCACCAAAGGCUUUGCUUCUGUUACAGAAAAGGCCCAUAAAUCUACCAUAUGGCAAGUUCGACACCUGCCUCAGAACAGAGAGCUCUUUCUGACAGCGGGAGGUGCUGGCAGUCUUCACCUCUGGAAGUAUGAAUACCCUACUCAUCGGUCAAAGAAGGAUUCGGAGGGAAUACAGAUGGGAGUCGCAGGUUCCGUCAGCCUCCUGCAGAAUGUGACCUUGUCCACUCAGCCCGUCUCCAGUUUGGACUGGAGUCCUGACAAAAGGGGGCUCUGCAUCUGUAGCUCCUUUGACCAGACAGUGCGCGUGCUGAUUGUUACGAAGCUCCAGACCAUUUGACCCAAUGCUUUGAACUUGACGUUUUCCAGAGGGUUACUCAGAAUUUGAGCUAUGUUCUACUUCCUCUUUCCUCAUUGAAGACUUUGGAUUUGACUGAUGAAUGACAGUCGAUGGCACAAAGCCUGAGAGUCAGCCUCCAGUUUUUCUGGGUGUUUGGUGGCCCGACUGGUAUGCUGCUGCAUGUGAAGUUGCCACACAGCAGGGCCAGUUUUGUUCCUUCCCCCAUAUUUCUGCUAAAAAAUGUUGGACCAGGUGCUGUGGUAUUUGUUCUUCAUCCCAGCUACUUAACAGGCUGAGGCAGGAGGAUCAUUUUAGUCCAUAAGACAAUGCUAACUUUCGCAGAAUAGUCAGACCCUUCUUUUAAAUACAGUUGGGGUGGCACUAAAGAGAUGACUCGGUGAUGGAGUGCCUGAUGUCCUUACAGAAAACCCAGGUUUGGGUCUCAGUAUCCGUAUCAGGUGGCUUCCAAUCCCCUAUAACUCCAGCUGCAGGGCAUCUGAUGCCAAUUUCUGGCCGUAUCAGGCAAUGGUCCUCAUAGACACAUGCACACACUUAGAGAUUUUUAAAAAUCUGUAUUUAAUUUUUAUAAAAAAAAAUCAAAGACAACCAAAGUCAGUAGUUAUUUAACUGUAUUUUUAGUUUCUUCUCUAUCUCAAAAGUUCCAUAUUUUCUCUGUACGUUUGUGUUUCAUUUUAGUGUUUCCAUAUUGUAGGAAUCACUUAAUUUGGUUUGUAAAGUACUGUAAACACUGUUUGACUGGACAGACUGCAGACCUUUUCAGCAGUGUAGCUGGUAAAACACUGUGACUUACAACCAUCUCUUACUCAAAUACAUCUGUGAGUUAGUGGGACUUGGUUUGUUUUUGACUAUGGUAAGCAAGAUGAGCGGUUGAAGAUUGGAGUGCUUUUUUUAAACCUUUAAAAUAUAUUUUUUAAAUAAAAAAGUUUUCAAGUCUGUA